GCGGCCGUGCGCGGACGGACGUGCCUGGAGCGCCGCAGCCGCCCGCAGCCGAGCCGGCGAGCCGCGCCCGCCCGCCCCCCGCCAUGGUGGCAUGGAUCAUCUCCAGGCUGGUGGUGCUAAUAUUUGGCACCCUUUACCCUGCAUAUUAUUCCUACAAGGCUGUGAAAUCGAAGGACAUUAAAGAAUAUGUCAAAUGGAUGAUGUACUGGAUUAUAUUUGCACUUUUCACCACAGCAGAGACAUUCACCGACAUCUUCCUUUGUUGGUUUCCAUUCUAUUAUGAACUAAAAAUAGCAUUUGUAGCCUGGCUGCUGUCUCCCUACACAAAAGGCUCCAGCCUCCUCUACAGGAAGUUUGUACAUCCCACGCUGUCUUCAAAAGAAAAGGAAAUCGAUGAUUGCCUGGUCCAAGCAAAAGACCGAAGUUACGAUGCCCUUGUGCACUUUGGGAAGCGAGGCUUGAACGUGGCGGCCACGGCGGCGGUGAUGGCUGCUUCCAAGGGACAGGGUGCCUUAUCGGAGAGACUCCGGAGCUUCAGCAUGCAGGACCUCUCCACCAUCAGGGGAGACGGCGCCCCUGCUCCCUCGGGGCCCCCCCCACCGGGGCCCGGGCGGGCCGGCGGGAAGCACGGCCAGCCUAAGAUGUCCAGGAGCGCUUCUGAGAGCGCUGGCAGCUCAGUGUGUACCUGCUGCUCCACCUGCAGGACCCGGAAAGUGGUUGAGGGAGAUGUGAAUGAGGGUGGUUUGGAGGCAUGGGAGCCCCACCAGGUCCAAAACCCACUGGCGUUUUCUGAUGAGGAGGAGGAAGACCUGCUGGAUUUCAUGUACAAGUAUAAAGCACCUCGAAGGACGGAGUUGCCCCUGGAGGCACCGCCUAGAAUCCUUCGAUCUCGCUUCAGGAAGAAAAGUACCUCAUCCUCGGCCACUGAAACCACCGCCUCUGAAGGUGACUCUGUAAUUUACAAAAGGAUUUAGGAAAAUAAACCUAAAAGCAAAUUUGUGGUUCAGAGGGCAAACAGAGGCUGGCUGUUCAUCGUCUGUGCCCCACACCCACCAAUACCUAAAACCGGUAGGGAAGAUGGAAAACCUGUUUUCUUCAAGCUCACUGAAUAAUUUCCGACAGAGGAAAAAUAUAUGCUUUAAAAUGUAUCUACUUGUCAUUGAGAGUACCCAGAAUUAUCAGAAACAAAUGCAAAAAAAAGCUUAACUUAUUAAGCAGCUUUUUAGCAACUUUUUUUUGCCAAAAUAAAUGCCUUUAGCAGCAGAGAUUAAAAUCCUAUUGUGAACAAGCUAUAUUUUCACCAUUUUACAAUGGAGAGUUUUAACAAGUAUGGGCUAUCAAGUUUGCACUCAACUAUGCCAAAAACAAGUUUGAAGCACUCUACUCUCAGACAUGCUGUAUUAUUUGUCAUUUAAGAUUUAAAAUAUAUAAAGGUAUCCAAACUGCUGUCUUAAUGUAACUAUUUUUCCUUCAAGUGUUGGUUAGGGAGUUGGAUUCUCUCUUAAAAACACUCACUGUACAACUGAGAGCAGCUGUCAUAUUUCUGGCAAAACGUGUUUACUUAUCCAACAAGCUGUAAAUUUGUGUGGACUGACGUAAAAUGUGAAUGCCUCAAAGUGUACAUGUAGUGGUGUAGAGUUCUGUCUAGAGGAUAAAGCUGAAUGUUUUUAAUUUGCUAAUUUACAGACCAAGGCUGUUUACAAAAUGCUAGCUGGAAAGUCUGUACUCUUCAUGUAGUUAAUUUAAGUUCUUUGCUCUUGAGCACCUGUUCUGUUCCUGAGGAGACGAGAUGUGGUGUUGUACUUAUAAACUGGAGAGUUAGGCAUAAUCCCUCCUGGCUUUGUGUGAACAGCUUGCUCACUUCGCUGGCCUCUGAACUGUGUGUUCUCCGUAGUAAACUGUCCGUGUGUCUGUGAUAACAGUGCUUGUCAACCAUGACCGCGUCGAGUACCUUCCUAGUUGUUCACCCUGCACGGUGUUGGAAAUGGCAAAGGUGUGCUUCCUUCGCAGACGGCACCCGCUCCGAGAGCUGCACUCUGGAUCAGGACUCUGCACGUUUCCCCUUAGUUCUGUGAUCCCCGUAGAACGGCCUGUAAUCAAAUAGUAUACUGGACUGUGCAUCAGAGGGAUGUAAAAUUACAGUAUUCCGAAGGUUGAAGUUCUGCUGUUUUGUUAUAAUGCCUGAUAUAUAUCUUGA